GCAAAAACAUCACAGCGCAUUCCUGGGUAGUCCUCAGCUGCCAGCAUCUGAUUAAAACCAUAUCUCUCGCUGUGAGUGGCUAACUAAACAGAAGGCUCCGGCACGGCCGAAUAUUUAAGCUGGACGCCUCGUGUUCCUUCCUUUGCCGGCUACAGUGGUGGGAUCAUGCACGCAGUGGCUCAGAUCUAGGGCGUGUUGAAAAUAGUAUGCUUUUCCACUGAGGGUCGCUAAACAAAUUCCAGUUGCAUUCCCAAGUACAAGAUUCACUCCUGGAUCUCGAGGCUGGCCUCUCACCAUGUCAAGCGAAGCAGAAGCAACAAGUGUAAACAAUUCUCCUGCCCAGCAACAGACGCUACUGAAACCACAGUCUUCCAAAAAGGAGAAAAAGAAAGGAUCAGAGAAGACAGAAGAAUUCCUCUUGGCCAGAUUUCAAGGAGAUGGUGUAAGAUACAAGGCCAAACUCAUUGGAAUCGAUGAUGUCCCAGAGGCGAGGGGAGACAAGAUGAGCCAAGAUUCCAUGAUGAAGCUAAAGGGGAUGGCAGUCGCAGCUCGCUCUCAAGGACAACAUAAGCAGAAAAUAUGGGUGAACAUCUCUCUUGCUGGGAUCAAGAUCAUAGAUGAGAAAACAGGGGUUAUUGAGCAUGAGCACCCAGUCAACAAAAUCUCUUUUAUUGCUCGAGAUGUGACCGACAAUCGUGCCUUUGGCUAUGUUUGCGGAGGAGAAGGGCAACACCAGUUCUUUGCCAUAAAAACUGCACAGCAGGCAGAGCCUCUAGUGGUAGAUCUGAAGGAUCUCUUUCAAGUAAUCUAUAACAUGAAGAAGAAAGAAGAGGACAACAAGAGAAAGAACGAAGAGGCUAACAAAACAGAGAAUGGCAGUGACGAAGCAACUUUUGAUCAAGCUGGCAAAAUGAAACUGGGUGUUGACCAGAUGGAUCUGUUUGGAGACAUGUCCACUCCUCCUGAUAUUAACAGUCCCUCAGAGGAGGAUAAAGAGGUCCUGUUAGUGGAUUUAAACUCUGAGAUUGAGGUCCCUCCAACUUCUCUCAAAGGGGAGGAGCUUUUCUUGAAUGACAUCACGCCUUCCCUCCCACUGACAAAGCCACCAUCAUCUUUCUUGCCUGAAAAUGCUUUCUCUGCAAACCUCAGCUUCUUCCCUACACCCAAUCCUGACCCUUUCAGCGACGAUCCUUUCACGCAACGUGACCAAUUGGCACGCCCCCCGCUUGAUUCUUCCCUCAAACUUUCCCCUCCGAAGAUGGGGGGCAAUGGCAUCAAUGGGGAUGCCGAUUACUUUGGGGAACAGUUUGACCAGAUCUCGAACCGAACGGGUAAGCAGGACCUGCAGGCCAACCAGUGGCCGCUGGAGACAAAGCCAGCCCAGCUAGCGGCCAAGAUUCCCAACGGGAUCCCAGAGAGAGAACAGAAUGGUUUUCCUGCCAAAUCCCCCCUAGACGUCUUCGUGGAGAGCUCUUCCAAAGGAGUGCCUGUGCAAAAUGGAUUACGGCUAGACUCUGAAAGCAGCCCCUCCUUGAUGACUCAAGAUUCUAUCACGAUUAGCCCGCCUCCACAAAGUAGCAAGCCAGGAAGAGGAAGGAGGACUGUUAAGAAUGCAGCCAAUGACUUGUUUGGUUCUGACAUCUUUGCUCCGGGACUUCCUGCAACAAGUUCUCUGACCACGGCAACCCAGCCAGCCUCUGCACAAACCAGCUCUCUAGAACUCUUCAACUCAAGCGCUCCCACAGCAGCUCCCAUGCCUGUAUUAGGAGGAAGCUUGCCUACAGCCACUUCCCCAACACCAGCAUGGGGUCCCCAGCCUUCAGCCUUCAGCCAUCAACCUUCAGGCUUUUCUGGAUCUGUUUUAGGUGCUCGGCCAGCGAGCUUUACUCCUCCUCUUAAUUUUGGCGCUCCUUCCCCAGUUCCUAACUGGAACCAGACUGUAUCCUUGGGAGCCCCUGUCCAGCCUCCAGCUCCUGAUCUCUGGAGUCAGUCUGCACGGGUUUCCCCUCCCAAUGCGUGGAUGCAGCCACCCGGUACAGGGAACCCUUUCCAGACCAACAUGUUCUCGUCCACCUUAGCAACCCAGCCUCUAUCGAUGAUGCCUUCCAUGUCUUCCGCAUGUCCUCCCCCACAGCUACCUCCCAGAACUGCAUCUCAGAAAGAGCCAAACAAGAAGGAGAGUGAUGCCUUCACUGCUCUGGAUCCACUUGGCGAUAAGGAAAUCAAGGAUGUUAAAGAGAUGUUCAAAGACUUUCAGCUGACGAAACCCCCUGCUGUGCCCGCAAGAAGGGCAGAGCACCAGCAGCAGCAGCAGCAGCAGCAGCAAGUUCCAUCCAAGCCUGUUCCCUGGCAAAAUGCUGUGUUGCCCGGCAAGACGGCGGAAGCCCCAUUUGAAAAUCCUUUUAAGAUAGAUCCUUUCACCACUUCCUCACAGAAUUCAGUUACAACUCAUCAGCCACAGCCUCUGGCACCAUUUGGUGACCAUUUUGGAAAUCCAUUUGCAUAGACACAGCAGAAUGAACUGCUGUGACAAAAGAACACAGUGGAUAACUGGACGUCCUGCAACUGUCUUCACUUGGUGUUUAUCUGCCUCAUGCCUCACCCAAUUCUUUCAAGAAGACAGCCCUUCUUGAAACCCCUGGGUCACAACCAGCUGAAGCCAAGGAGGGAAUCUGCUAGAGAGCACACUGGAACUGGGAGUGAAUUCAGCCUGUGUGGGAUUUAAGUAACUGAACACUUCUGGUCUUCACUGGGCUUGCUGUCCAGGCCGGGAGCACUUAACUGUAACAUGCAGGAGAAACUCAACAUUCUGCUAUAGGAUGAAGUCGCACCAUCUCACAAUCACUGCACCGCCACACAAGGGAAGAAAGCCGUGAUCUGAACUGGCACGACUGAGCCACCUAGAAUGCAAAAUGGCCAAAUAGUCACCUCAUGAGCUUAACUGCAAGCUUUAAAAACUUCCAGCACUUCCACUUUCUACCUACUCAGUAUGGCCAGGUUUGGGAAAAAAAAUGGAAUUGGUAUGAAAUAGGACAAGAUUGGGUUUGGCUCCUAACUGGUGAAUCCCUCAACGUAGUAAGGAUUGUUUUUUUAUGCCCAUGUGACCCAGUAGCAGUUGAGACACUCCUGGCAACCUUUUGGAAUGGCUGAAACGUCGUAUGCUUUGGUUUUCCUGCCACAUCUUGUGCUACAGCAAUGACCUCCAGCAACAUAUUUUUGCUCCAUAUUCAAAUAAAUAUUGGGAGAAGGAGAGAUACAGAAAUAGGCAGAAGUUGUUGUUUUUUU